GUUCAAAAAAAACCAAAGCUGAUCUCAGCCUAGCCCAUUAAACAGUUUGUGAAGUAGCCCACACUCUCUCACUCACUCUCAUACACACACGCUCAUAAACACUCACACAUGCUUGCCUCCUCGCAGACGGCUGUCAAAGUGACUUUCUCUCUCUCUCUCUCUCUCUCUCUCUCUCUCUCUCCUCUCUUUCUCUCUGCGCCUCUCUUUCUCUCUCUCUCUCUGCUGUGAAGCUUGAAGUUGCAAGCUACAAAGGAGCAAGUGUUCUUGCUCUUCAUAUAAACCUAUAGAGUGGAGCAUCAGAAGAAAUUUCACUAUCAUAUCAAGAAAACUUGUCUUUUCAUUUCUUAAUGAGGUCCAGCCAACUUGCAAAGAUCACACGAGAAAGGACAAUGCUACAAAUGGAUAUUUUCAUUCUUUUGUUGAUGACCAUCAUUGACUAUGUUUCCAGUGGAGGCUAUUCUUCAAAAUAUGUGCGCCCAAUGACCAAAGGCCCACUGGGACCCCCCUUCAGAGAAGGCAAAGGGCAAUAUAUAGAAAUUCCAGUGAUUCUUCCUUCGGAUCUCAAGGGUGAUAAAGGUGCUCCAGGAAAACCUGGACCAAGAGGACCUCCUGGGCCACCAGGAAUGCCAGGCAAAGCAGGAUAUGGCAAACCGGGUCUUCCAGGUCCAACUGGCCCUCCAGGGGCCCCAGGAUUUUCGAGCUUUGGAAAACCAGGAGUGCCAGGAAUACCUGGUAAGCCAGGUAUCAAAGGACUUCCUGGACCAAAGGGCGACGUAGGACCCAGAGGAGAUUCUGGACCCAGAGGCCCAGCUGGGAAUCCAGGGUUACCUGGGCCUGUGGGAUUUUCUGUCCCUGGGAAGCAAGGACCCCCAGGGAUUACUGGUGCCCCAGGGCCUAGAGCGGAGCCUGGUGAGAAAGGAGAACGUGGACCUCCUGGGGAACGUGGCCCCAAAGGUGAGGUUGGAUAUGGAAAACCAGGUAUACCAGGUUCAAGAGGUAAGGAAGGGAUUCCAGGUAAACCUGGACCUCCAGGUGCACCUGGUCUGGGAAAACCAGGAAUUAACGGUUUGCCUGGUGUCCCUGGUGAAAAAGGUGAAUCAGGAUCAAGAGGAGAAAUUGGACCUCCAGGACCACCUGGUCCUCAGGGUCCUGCAGGAAAGCCAGGAUUGGAUGGCAUAGGAAAACCGGGUCAAGAUGGAUUAUCAGGUAUGCCGGGAUCUGCAGGUCUUAAAGGUGAGCCUGGACCGCCAGGCGCUAGGGGUUUGCCUGGAGUUCCAGGGUAUGCAAAACCAGGAAUGAAUGGAAUGAGAGGUCAGCGAGGGCCUCCUGGUGCACCAGGUGCUCCAGGACCCAAGGGCGAACCAGGUAUAAGUGGUUUACCUGGUGAACAAGGUCCUAAGGGUGACCAAGGUUAUCCAGGGCCUAUGGGCUCCAAGGGAUUAAUGGGAAAGCAUGGUCCACCAGGACCUGAAGGUAAAAUUGGGCUUAUUGGGCCACCGGGGCCAAAAGGAAGCCAAGGGGAUCAGGGAUACAGUGGGGUACCUGGAAAACCUGGUAUACCCGGGGAGAGAGGUUUUCAAGGACCUCCAGGAGCACCAGGUAAAAUGGGUCCAAAAGGAGACACUGGACAUACAGGGGCUCCUGGGAUACCAGGAUUAUCUGGUCCUGUAGGACCCAAAGGAGAACCAGGACAAGGAGGACAACCAGGACCCAGAGGUUCUUCAGGAAUUCCAGGUAUUCAGGGGCCUACGGGGCCCAGAGGACCAAUAGGUUUACCUGGUCCCAGAGGAGAACCAGGGCCACCGGGCUUACCAGGAGAAGGAAAAUUAGGAUUGCCAGGAAUUGCAGGACCAAUGGGUCCAAUGGGACACCCUGGCAUUCCAGGCAGGAUGGGAGCUCAAGGUCCACCUGGACCUCCAGGUCCACCAGGCCCACCUGGGAUCAUCAUUAAUGGGGAAGCAACAGGUAUUGCUAGCCUGCAUGUAGAUGGCGGUGUGGAUGGUGCAUCAGUACCAGGAAAUGGAAAGCGUGGAAAACCAGAAUAUGAAAGAGGAGAAAUUUCUGCACGGGUAGCUCCAGCUUUCACUGCAAUUCUUACAAAAUCAUUUCCACCAUCAGGGGUACCCAUUAAGUUUGAUAGGAUUUUGUAUAAUGGACAACAUGGUUAUAAUCCAGCAACUGGACUAUUCACGUGUCAAGUUCCAGGUGUCUACUACUUUGCUUAUCACGUGCAUGUCAAGGGAACCAAUAUCUGGGUGGCACUGUACAAGAAUAAUGUGCCUGCAACAUACACAUAUGAUGAAUAUAAGAAAGGAUACCUUGAUCAAGCAUCAGGAAGUGCGGUCCUGGAACUUAAACAGCAUGAUCAGGUGUGGAUCCAGAUGCCUUCAGACCAAGCUAAUGGUUUAUAUUCCACUGAUUACAUCCAUUCCUCAUUCUCAGGAUUCCUACUUUGCCCGACAUAACGUUGAUCAACUUGAAUUAGUGGAUUUAUAUAUUGUGUAGUAAUAAACUGUAUCAAGAGGGACACUGGAAAAACGUACAAGUGUUAUAUGUUGCUACCAUUUUCCAGUAUUAAAAAAAGCCUAAAAAGCCUCUGGAUGAUAAUCAGCAGAGUAUAACAAUCACUAACAUCAGACAUUUUCCCUAAUGACUGCACAAUUUCAGCUCAUGUUAUAAGGGAUUUAAUGUGGAACUGUUUUUUUAUGAUCAGUUAGAGGCAAAAGUUUUUGUCAAUGAAAGUUGAUAUGAUGUAUGUGACACUUGUAUUCCCUGUGCUACUUUUGAGUAACGUUCUACGUAAGGUUGCAUUUCUUGUUUUUUCCACAUUUAUACCAUUGACAGAAACAAACUAUCAUAUUACACAGUUGUAUUCCAAUUAUUAUAAUCAUAUCUUUUUAAGUGCAAUACAUGAUAAGUGGUGUUCCAUUGUGAAUUCAGACAACUGUGUACACUGUAUACUGAGUGAGAAUUAAAACAUUGAGGAAUGGUAUAAUCGCCACUGCAACUUGCUUGAAUUUUAAAUUUCAAAUUAACUUGUAGUCAUGUUAUGCUGACUAGAAGAAGGCUGAAGGAUAAAUGAUGUAGUGCAAGUAAAUGUCUCUUUUGUACUGGUUAGGUUUUAUGUAUUUUGCAUUACCUUAAUGAUCUGAGAUGUUACCAAACAUUAAUUUAGUUGGAGUUAAAGGGUAAGGAACAUUGAACUGUACUGAAACUAAAUCACUAUUGUCAGCAUCUAUUUUGUGCUCAAGUCUCAGGAAUGGGAUUUGAAUCAACAAACUUCUGACUCAGAGCUGAGAGUGCUGUUCAUUGGCUAAUGCCCAAAUCACAAUGUGAUGCACCCCAACAUUUCACCAACAAAGCUUCAGCUGAGGAGACAAAACAGGAAUUCACCCAUUAUCUGUCAUUCCCUCCAAUGAACUACUAAAUUAUCCCAGCUGAUGUGAUCUCAGAAUACUUAUUCACAAUGAAUGACCUCCUUCUAGAUCAUAAAUUGUUAUGAUUUUAACAUAGUGAAGACAUCUCUGGGACAAAAGUAGUGUAGUUACUUAGUAAUUUAAUUCAGUUUGCUGGCAGCUGGAGUGCUGCACAUACAUAUGCCACUAUUUUUCAAACUAGCAAAGACUGUGAAAUAUUUAGUCUUUUUCAAGCACAUCACACAAAGCCUUGAAGAAAACCUGUAGUAAGGGAAUUCCAGAGUCAAGAAGGAAUAUUGAUAUAAUAGCACCAGGAGCAAAGGGGCCAAUGGAUCACUAUUGCGUUGCAUGAUAACAGAUCCUUGAAGAGAUUAUACAUUGCUAAGAUUCACUAAGUUAAACAAGUCCCAUUUGUGGACAGUGCUUCAUAUAAGUAAUGUGUUACAUAUGGCCAUAUGUUGCAUCAGAUUAUGUUGCAGUUUCUGUGUUCCUGAGCUGUGGCAUUUACACAACCAUAACUUUUAUAUUUUGCAAAGAGUAUAUGUGCAGAUAGACUAUUAUAAACUUUCAGGCAGUGCUUCUGUUCUGAUCCUGAGGCCAAAUAAUUUUUGUUGCUCAAAAUACUUCUUGGUAGAUUCUCUGCAAGUAAAACCUAGUUAGUAAAAAAUUAUUGCAAUAUAAUUACUUGCAUUUGGUUCACUUGCAAAUGCCUUGCCUCUGCCUUUUUUCUGCUUCUUAUCUGUCUGACCUGCUAACAUGUUGUAAGCAGUAAUUCAAACCCAUAGAAGUUAAACAUCCAAUUAGAUUUAAAAAGGCAAUGUAGAAUUUUAAAAUAUUCUGAUGAGAUAAAUAGAAGAGAUGCAUUCUACUGAUAUAAUCGAUUAGUAAUGAAAUUCAGAAUGGGUAGUAAAAAAAUUAAAUAGCUGAUGAAAAUUGAGUAUGAAAUAUAUUUAACAAGUGAUUUGACUGCCUGAGUCAGUAAUGAUUAUGAAAAAAUGCAUUAACAUUGUUUUAUGAUCUACCAAUCCUUUCCAGAUAUUCUUACUGAAAUAUGAUAGUUACACUGCUUAUAAAAAGUUAAAAGUAAACCAAUUCAAUUUACUUUUUAACUUUUAGUUUGAGUAAUUGAAUGUACAGAAUCAAACUGAUAUGCAAGGCAUUUGGCUAAUAAUGGAAUGAGACCAGAAAGAAUUCUGCUUACAGGAUCCUGCAAUUGUUUUUUAUGCAAUUAUGUAGAUUUAAUGGUAUACAUUACUUUGUGAGAAAUUACAUUACCCUUUUAUGCAAAGGAAUUAAAAUAAACUGAACUAAGAAAUGCACAGCAGAGUCUGGUUUUGAAGGAAUGGGCUGAUAAUUGUCCCAGUUGCUAGGAUAGAAAUUUCAGAGCAAAAGUGAUAAGAAUUCUGCACAACAUGGAAAAUUUAAUGCGAAUUGAUAAUUUCUCUCAAAUAAGCACUGGGCUGUAACAUACUUUAUUUUGUAACAAUAUUUCCACCACCAAAUGAAGCUUUCUUUUAAAACAAAAUGUAAGCACUACAGCUAUUGCAAUAAAGUGCAAUGUGAACCUAUGUAAUGUCAAAAUACACAAAGAAAAUUACAUGAGAUGCCUAUUAUUCAAAAGAAAGGCUUGUCAAUGGCUUGGGAAGAUUAACAAGUAUGGAUUUGUUAACAUUACUAUAUGAAUUUGCUAAUGUAGCAUAAGAGGACCGCAAACUGAUACUUUCAUUCUUCUACACUAAAGUCAACAGAAUUGUCAUCUAAAAUUCACUUAUACAUUACACUUUAUUAAUCUAUUGUUAUAUCUAAUGCCAGCAUAACAAUUCCAGCAUGAAGAAAUGUUCAACACUAUAUAUAUAUGCAACUUUAGAUUAUAAGUAUUUUUUAAUGAGCUGUUGUUUUCACAUCAAUUACAUUUUGAGAAAUCACAUUUUAAGCCUGGGUAAUCCCAUGAUUAUGUUAAUGAAUUAUGAAUUAUGAAGAAAGAGAGUAAUUCUCCCUCUUUUUGUUAAGAGGAGAAUUUCACCUUCUGUAGUCAUCAUUUUCUGAUGCAGAAGGACAAGUUUUCUUAUGUAAAUACUUACCUGCACUGUAAUAGCAACUGGUAAAAUGCACUCUUAUCUGAAUUGAAAGCCAGACUCUUCUUUGAAAACUAAACUACUUGAUUGUAUUGAUACAACAUCAAUAAAAGGUUUCCUGACGUA